GUGGGAAUGUUUAUCACGUGAAGCAUUCAAUCUACAAUUAACAUUUACAUUACAUGGAAUUUGGUUAUAAUGAAACAUCUGCUUGAUGAUCUUUGAGGCAACGUCUUUAGUCAGCAUUUUUUUUUUCUAUUACCGAUCAACUCGUCUGGCAUAGGGCCAACCGAAUUUAUGGUAACUACAUGGAGAUCUAAUAAAAGAGACUAAAACGCAUUAAAAUGUACAAUCGUCAGGGGCAAGGCAGAUUCAGUAGUGGAAAUGAUAGGGCGUGGAAUGACGACAGCAACAUGGAGUAUGAGGUGGGAGGAAGGAACGUCCAGCGGUCAGUCGGAGGAUACCUGGAAGAGAACCCUGACUUCGGUGGAGGUUACAGUCAAGAUGAUGGGGGAUUCGGAGGUGGAAGUACAAUGGGAAGUCAGGGAAACAUGAAGAGGAAUAUGGGGGGUCAAGGUCGAAUUAUGGGGGGUCAGAGUGGAAUGGGAGGCCAAGGUCAUUUGAGGGAAGGUCAGAGUGGAAUGACGGGAGGUCAAAGAAUGAUGGAAGGUCAAAGUGGUAUGAGGGGAGGUCAAAGUGAUAUGAGAGCGGGUCAAGGUCGCAUGACGGGAGGUCAAAGUGGAAUGAUGGGAGGUCAAAGUGAUAUGAGAGGAGGUCAAGGUCGCAUGAUGGGAGGUCAAAGUGGAAUGAUGGGAGGUCAAAGUGGAAUGAUGGGUCAGAGUAUGGGAGGUCAAAGUGGAAUGAUGGGAGGUCAAAGUGGAAUGAUGGGUGGUCAGCAGUCCUUCAGUGGACAAAAUAAUAAUGAGUUGGUAGAAUUGUUGAAGAAACAGUCAGAUGUAAUAAAUAAACUCAGUGAGAAGAUUGGCCUUGACACUGGUUAUGGUGGUGAGACAUAUGAAAGCGGAUAUGGCGGCAAAGAUUACUAUGGCAAUGAAGCUGGUGAACAGUACUAUGAAAAUGAAUAUGGCGGAGGUUAUUUUGAAGAAGAUUAUGGAUCGUAUUCAGGUGGUCCUAUGGGUGGUCAAAGAGGUGGUGGCCCUUAUAGAGGCUCUCGAUCCGGAACGAUGCAAGGGGGACCUAUGCGAGGCGGACCAAUGCGAGGAGGGUCAAUGAUGAGGGGACCAAGGAGAGGAGAUUUCAUGCCUCCCAGAGGAGGGUUCACCCCAGGCCCUGGAGGGAGGGGGGCCAUGAGGGGGUCACCAGGGAAACGAAGAGGUGACUUCCAAGGAGACUUUGGUGGCAAGAGACAGCGCAUGGACAAUGAGGCACAGCCUCGGCGAGCCAGAUCUGGAUAUGCAAUGAAGACCCCUGAACAAAAGGAGAGAGAAAGGGAAGAAAGCCAAAAGAAGGGGGUAGAACCUAUGAAGCCCAAGGCCACAGCCACACAGGCUGCCGAUGCCCCGUGGAUGUCGUCCGAGUUGAAAGUACUCCUGGUGGCUAAGGCCCGCAGUCACAAAAAGGCCAAGGAUAAGAACACUCCAGAAACCUGGGCUAAAUUCAGAGCAGCUCGGAACCUUUUCAUUUGUAAGACUCGACAGGCCAAAUUAAAGUACAAUUUACAGAAAGCAUUGGAUGAUGGGAAGGGAACCUUUCCAGCCUAUGAAGAGGACAAAGUCAUCGGGAGGAAAUACAUUGAGAAGGUGGAAGGCUACUACUGCCAGAAGUGUCGCAGGUUCUUCCGGGAGGAGUCAGAGGCAACCAUAGAACACUGCAUGACGUGGGCACAUUACCAGAGGAUCAAGAAUACAAAGUUCCCGAAGGAAGAAGACAAGAAGAAGGAUGGGGAAGCUGGAGGAGAUGAGGCAGUAGAGAUGACUGCGGACAUGAAGACUGAUGCUGCUGAUGCACCGCUGGAUGAGGAGCAGUUGCUGAAGGAGGACGAUGAGUGAUGCCGACCUGAUGAAGAUCUAUUGGUGAAAAGUUGAGAUGAUUUGUACAAGUUCAUGUCGCAGCAUUGAAGGCCUCAACAACUUUUGCGACUAAGGAAAAUUCAGUGAAUGAAUUUCUGUGUACCUGUGACCCACAUGAUGGAUGUAAGCUAUGAUAGUGUACAGCAUGUAUCAGUCAUGUGGAGACAGCAUGUGUAACAUGCUUCAGUGUAUAUGGACAAAGGUCGGGUAGCCAAGUGGUUGAAGCUAUCGUUGGUCACAUCGAAGACCCUGGUUCCAUUCCCAUGUGGUUACAGUGUGUGAAGUCCAUUUCUGGUGUGCCCUGCCAUGAAAUUGCUGGAAUAUUGCUAAAAGUAGAAAACUAUACUCACUCACUCACUCACAGCUGUGUCUUCGAACUGUCCAUUAUUUGGCAUGGUCUUAUCCAUCAUUGUGCAUGGAUUGCUUUGUUAGAACCUCUGUCAAGUACUUUGAAAUAACAGCUGUUGCAUGUCCAUCAUUUCUUUGUUCAUUUUUUACUUUUGUUGAUUAUGAAGGUUAUAUACUUUGUUCGGAUGACAGUUUCAUUUCAUUUCUCAAAUAUCAUUGUCACAUCAUUAAACUGUCCAAGUUGCAACAUUAUUGUAAAAUGUACAAAAUCAAUGAAUUUGAAUAGAA